AUGUGGGGACUUAGAAAUGUUGGAGAGAUUGUCAACGUUCAAGAAGUUUAUGAUGGUUACCCCAACAUAUUCUCUAUUGAACUUCAUCACGGAGGGAGUUUCACAAAGUUUCCAAAUAUCAGGUAUAUUAAUGGCCAAGUAAGGUACUUUGAUGUUGUCGACAUUGAUGAAUUUUCUGUUCAUGAACUAGACUUGAUGAUGAGAGAAUUAGGGUAUGAUGGUACUGAAAUCAUGUAUUACCAUUUCCGUUUGCCUAAUGAAGGAUUUGACUUUGGACUCCGAGCAUUAGAGCAUGGUCAAACGAACUUGCUUACAUAUUUUAUGUCCCCAACUGGUCCAAGAAGGGUUAUAAUAGAAGACAUGGAGAAGCAGGAUUCCAUUAGACCCUCAUCACCUGUAGUUGCUCAUGAAGUGGUAACUCCAAUCCAAAUUGAUGUUGGUGAGGGUGAUUUAGGGUUAGCAUUAACCUUAUACAAAUCAGCAACACCUGAAUUUAGUAGGUCUAAAGGUUGGAAACAUAGUAAAGGGGCAUCGUCUUGUAGUAGAAAGCUUAACUUGGAUUGGGAAGGUGCUGAAAAAACAAUGGCAAGUGGUGAAGUUGAUAAGGGUAAGGGUGUAGAAGGAUUUGUAGAUGAAUUUGUUGUAGUUGAUGCAGAAAAAGAGUUAAACAAAGAGAUUGAUGUGAAUGAAGAACUUGAUGUGAACAAAUCCAAUGGUGAGGGUGUAGAAGGAUUUGCAGAUGAGGGGUAUAGAGUUGUCAUGGAUAAUGAUCCUCAAGGAGUCAAUGAAUUUUCAACUAACAUCAACAUAGAUGAUGAGUUAAUGACAAACUUUCAACCUUUUGAAGGGUUUGAAGACCAAGAUAGCAUCCCAUUUAAUGGGUUUGAAGGCCAAGAUAAUAUUCCUUUCAAUGAUGAGUGGAGACAAGAGGAGCCUGAUGACAUUGAGUUUGAGAAUCAAAACAGUGAAGAUGAAGAUAGUGACUUUAUGAUUGAUGAGGACAACAUAAUUGAAGAUGUUGACGUUGACAUGGAGGAUUUCAAUCUAAAUAUUGAUACAGAAGCAGAGUUCAAUGGAUGUCAAAGAAUGGGUGGUCAAAGAAAUGAAGAUAGUGAUGAAGAAGAUGAUUUGGAGGUAAUUGACAAUGACGAGUGGGAUUCACUAAGUGAUGACUCAGGGGACAACAGGAAAAGAAGAGAAAUGAUCAAAGAGCUGGGGAAACAAACCUUAUGUUUUGCUGGUGAGGUGCACAAGGUAGCUUUUCAUAUUGGGCAGAAAUAUAAAGCUAGGAAAGAAUUGAAAGAUAAAAUUGACCUGCAUGCUUUAGAGACAAGGAGGAAUAUCUCAUUCACAAAAAACGACAAGAGUAGAUUAACAGCUGUUUGUGAUGGAACUGUAGUUUUAAAUGCAAGUGGGGUAGGUGGACCUACCUCUGGGAAAAAGUGUCUUGCAGAAGAUCUUGACUUGUAUUCAAAUUCCAACUUCACCUUUAUCAGUGAUAGACAGAAGGGUCUUCUACCAGCCAUAGAACAAUUGUUCCCUAAUGCAGAACACAGGAAGUUUUUGACUGUGACAUGUAGUAAGUGUAAGCAAAAGGGUCACAAUGCCAGGACCUGCAAGGCCAAAGAUGGGAAUUGA